UUUUUUUUAGUUUUACAAUCAAUAGUUAAAAAAUGUUUAAUAUUAAAAAUGGAGGUAAACAUGACACUAGAUGGCGGAGGUGGAAUAUCAGAUGAUUGAUUCGAUUGAAAAAAUGUUAUAUUUCGCUGAUAGUUAAUAUAAUAGUUUUUUAAUCUGUCAUGUUUUAUAUAGCUCAGCUGGAUAUUCUUACAAAGUUUUGUGAUUCCAACAUUGUCUUCUUCAUUUAAUAUAUUAAAUUAUUUAUUGUUUGUGAAAUUCGAUAUGGAUCACCUCAGCUAUAUAAUCACUUACAAUCUGAGUCUUUUGUGACGAGUUAGGUACCUGUGGUAUUAAUCUCUUGAUGGUCGGCGAUAAACUUACUUAAUAGUUUUCAUUUGUCCUCAUUCAUGCGUUCAACCAUUCCGUCGGAUUGUGAACGCAAUAAAUUCCUGAAUUCAUUUCGGAGAACCGUCCUCAUUUAUGGCCAUUUUGUCUAUUGUAUUGUUGCCUGAAAAUUUUUCCGUUUCUCUGAGGUUUUGUAAUUACAUCAACGCGCUACCCACACAUUCAGUAACAUUUCUUUACGUUCUAUUUACAAUUCACAACGUUUUUUUCUAAUGUUAGCUUUAUGCCAAAAUGUCGUUGAUCAAAAAGCAAUACAAUUAACCAUGGAAAUAUCGAAGUACAAUAGCAAAUCGAUAAAUCUAGAUUAAUCUGCGGUAACUUGCACCAAUAUUUUCAGUAAAUCUCUUUAUGUGGACGUUUUCAAUGGUUGAAGAGUCACAUUAAACCUCGCAUAAUUUUAUUUUAUAGUGUGUUAUAGCAACUAGUCACCUCCAAAGUUAUGCUUCCAUUCUAUAAUUAUAUUCAGUAUCCCUUUUCUGGUCUUUUAGAAUAGUUAUAGACAUUUUGGUACUGGUGCUCGAUUACACAAUACCUCUGAAGUUACUGUACCGCCAUAUAAUCGUCUUACACGAGAACUUCUGACCAUAAUUAUCUGUUAAACUACUCGACUGACUUGACGCCUGCCAGUAGUUACUAGUUAUGCAAUAAUUUCUUUCAGGUUUCAAUUAUAUCUUGGUGUAUGAAAUUGCUUGAAUUUACUUGCAUCUAUGUUCAGAAUCAUCUCGAAGAUUACUCUAUAUCACCAGGACCAUAUAUAAUAAGCUGGUGAAAAAUGGUUUUUGCUUUUCUUCUUCAUACACUUGCCUACUUAAGCAUAUCUGGUUUAAGGCGUUUAUACAGAUUGGUACCAUUAAAAUUAGAAGAUAGAGCUAUUAUUAGUGAUUAGCUAUUAGCAUCAUAGUACUAUGAAAAUCAAACAAACUACUUUUCCGAUUUGAUGUUAGUUAAAUCGCCGAAUCGAGGAUCUCCGUCAAUUGAACAAGAUGCAUGUUAUCAGCGAAAAUCCGCUGUACCUCUCAAGAGUCCUCGAAGCUGGCUCACAUUCAUCAAAUGACGUUAUAUUUUAGAUGAAUUUGGUAUGUGGUAGUGUAAGGGUGAACAUGAAAGUCUAGCCAUGAGGAUAUUUCAUGGUACCACGAACCAAACUGUACGCGGAAUACGUUACGAAAUCGAUAAGUCAAAGGUAUUUACCGCAGCAUAUUCGUUUUAAAUGGAAUUGCGGUAGACACUACGCUGUUUUAUGGGUCGAUGCCGGGCGGCUUGCCUAAAGGUCACCUCAUACGUUAAUUCCUCCUCAAACGCAUUAGUUUACAAUGGUCACGGCAUCGUUACAAAAAAGAAAAUUUUGGAUACGUAAUUUCGACAGUAAGGACAAGCCUAGGUAAUUCUUGGUGCAUACUUAUUCACAAUUAGGUUUUAGAUGUAACAAAAGUUUUUGUAAGGGUUGCACUUUUACUGGUUAGUAAAAAAUCUUGUAUUAAAUAUAAUACGUCUCUUUAUUUACAUGUUUCGCCUGUCCUGGCAGGCAUCUUCAGAAUAACUACAAAAAUAGAAUUUAUGAUAAUUUGAACAUGUUAGAUUACAGAAUUAUGGUAAAUUAAAUCUAAAUAAAAUGAUACUUACAGAGUAAAGUAUAAGGUGAAAAUAAAAUUUUUGAACAACGGAAGGGGGGAAGGGAGGAAAAGCCAAAAGCCAUACAAAACCCAAAAUCUGCGACUCCUAUGUAUGGCUAACCAUAGGAGCCCUCGGUAUUUUGGGAUUUGGAAGGGUCAGAUAGGGAUUUAUAUAUUGGUACCUGAUCAUUCAGACAUUCUACAUCAUUUAUGGCUUUCAACUAAAACAAAUAAACUCCUUUUUCCACAAAUUCUUAAAUAGACAAAGCACCAAAAAUUCUACAGCCUUCCAACCUAUAAAUUCAGAAAGUUAAACAUACAGAGCCAUCCUGUACCCAGGAAAAAUGGUCUAUAAUAUUGGAAAUUCCUGUAAAAAACAUGGUAUCACCUUAUCCUAUAAAAAUAACAAUACCCUACAACGAAUGCUAUUUAACACCAAAGAUAAAAUAGAUCUACUAGAUAACAACGGGGAAUAUAAAUUAGAUUGUGACGACACCUGUGGUGCAUAUUAUAUAGGUGCAAUCGGUCGUUCACUGAGAAUCAGGAUGAAGGAACACAACCAAAGAAAAGAAUCCAAUUUGAGUAAACACAUUUCAACAUACAAUCAUGAUUUCUAUAAGGAGAAAAACGUCAGUCUGCUUCAUCAACAAAAUAGAAGCCAUAAACUCUAUAAAGUCUACUCGAAAGCUAUGAAAUUGAUAGAUUCAGAUUCAAUUCAAACGAUGUAGAAUGUCUGAAUGAUCAGAUAUAUUGCUCACAGGUACCAAUAUAUAAAUCCCUAUCUGACCCUUAUCCCGAAAUACCAUACAUAGGAGUCCCAGAUUUUGGGUUUUGUAUGGCUUUUGGCUUUUCCUCUCUAUUAAGUUAUUAUUAAAUUUAUUAAUUAUCUCUCUUAGAUUUUUUACUAACCAGUAAAAGUGCAACCCUUACAAAAACUUUUGUUACCUCUAAAAUUAAAAAACUGGUUAAAAAAUGGACUACAAUAUCAAUUAGGUUUUACACUAUUUAUACAAAAUAUGUAUUAUGUUUGUAAAUUCGUGAAACAUGUGAAUCUCGAUAGUUGGCCUAAUGCUCUUUUCUAUCCAAGGACUAGUCCAACUAACUUUGGCGUUAACUCAUUAUUCACUGGCGUGAUAUCUAAUGGUGUCUAUUAAUUUGCGUUGAUGCUUCUUCAUAAGACCGUUAGAAACUAUUUCUGUUUGCUACUGGGGUCACUUCAGACCAACAUGAAUAUCUAUCUAGAUAUGUAGAGUAUCUAUCAGUUUAGUGUAGAUGCGUUCGAAUCGUUUGAGGAAUAAAAUUAUCACUUGGUGAUUGUUUGUCUCGUGUGCUGAUGAUAUUUUUUGAAGAAAAUUUAGAGGUGUUUACCUAAAUGUAGUGGUAUUUAAAAAAAAUGUAAGGUAUUAACAAGAGAUACACUAGAAAUUCAUACUUUCUAGAUGAAUCUACUAAAUCUGAUUCAAACGAAUUUGCCACUUUCAGAUUGUGAUCAACCCAGUUCAUCAAAAUAACUAAAAAGCUAACUAAAGUUAUUAUUAACUAAUGUUAACAAAUAAUUAUCUAUCGUAGGCUUUGUACUUGUUUUCUGCAUUCUUCAGUUUUUUAGGGAAGAACAAAACUUCACUGAGUUGUUAUUCCAAAAUAGCAUUGAUUGCAAAAUUAGAAACAUUGCAUGAGAUUGCAUAUGGUACUGGAUAAGCCAACAUGUGGUACACAGUCGUUUGAGCAAGAUUUUUUUUCUGUCGCCCAGCUGAUUUAAACUUUUCCUUUCAGAUUUCUCUGCGAUAAAUUCAUCCUGCUUGGAGAUAUUAAAUGUUCCAAUGAGUUUUUGAAUCCGUGCCAUCAGGGUUUCUAUCUAUUAAGUCUUUAAGUAUUCUAAAUUGCAGCAAUUUUUUCAAAGAUGCAUUUAACAGAAUUUAAUAGAACUGCAUUCAAAAACUAACUGCAGAAGCUUUUGGUGAUUGUAAAAAUUGUGCGUAAUACCAACACAAUCUGCUAUGGUCAGUUACUUUCUGAUCACGAUUUAGAGCUGCUCCAAUGUGGCCCACUAUUUCAUUCAAGUUUCGCGGCACACACUCGUCUUUGCGAUGUGUUUAAGGGUAAUCACGAGAUCGCAGCGGGUAGUAUUUAUUGAUGCCAUUUGUUAUAAUACCACUUAUAGAGAUACUAUACCCAUAGCAGUAUCUCUUAUGCAGCUUAGUGUGCGCAUAUAUUACAUUUGAGAUUAUAAAAUUUGUUUGAACGUUGGUAGUCUAGUUUUUUUGAUAAAAAUGAAUAACCUACACUUUUGCACAGUACUUUAGAUGUUAUGAUGUUACUUGUCCCAAUUUGCCUUGGGACAAAUUUGGGACGUUUCAAUAUUAAUAAACAACAGUUGAGGGUCCGCUUUUUAAAUCGUUGGUGGCAUUUUUACUACUUCGCCCUCAAUUCGUAAUUAACGAUACGUCUCGCAAAAUGUGUUCUUGAUUUAUCAUAAAGCAUUCACGAGAACAGUUAAGGUUUCCAUUUCGCUAACAAACGACAAAGGGCUGUAGAAAAACAGUAUUAAUAUUGCCUUAUUGUUUUGUGACUUACUCUUAUCUCAUUUCCCAACAUAAUACUAAUAAUCCGUAGUUAGUACACAAUUCAAAGCAUCCCCUCACAAGGUAAUAAUUAGAGAGACAGCAUCUCUUAAUUAGUGUAUCGAUUUCCUUUGAUAGUAGUUUCAAAUUGUUACAUUACAGGAUGCUUUACCUUUACAGAUCAAUAAUGUCAUCUCUACUUCAGUAGUAAUGAGCUAAUUUUGGUUGAUAGAGAAUAAACAUUGUUUUUGCUCUAACCUCUUCUUCUGCCUAAUUUAUAAUAACUCGGAAUUUAUUCAUUUUUUUAAAUAAAUAUUUAAUGUCAUCUUGACAGUUUAUCACAAACAUCUUUCUAAUUCUUCCGUAUUUUUUUAUUAUAUACAAAGGUUAAUAACCAUGUCUUUCGGAGUUAUACUCGAUUCAUCCCUCGAUCCCAUGGAGGAAACGAGAUUUAAAAAGAAACAUUCUGAUUUAAUUCUGAAAUUAUCAAAAAAACUCCACUUCACCUACACGGAGGUCGAAUCUAUUUUAUUGAUUUAUUAUAAGCUACAAAAAGAAAGCCAUGAUAAAUUGGGGAUAACCAAAGCUCAAUUUAGGGAUGUUCUUCAUGCAGGAUUUGAUAUGACGGAAGACACGUUAAUGGAUAGAAUAUUUACGGCUUUAGAAAAAGGAAUUUUUAAUCCUCAUCCUGCAACGGUUACAAUGGAAACUUGGGCAGCCGCUUUAUCUUUGUUCUUAAGAGGAACUUUUGAAGAAAAAAUUCAACAUUGUUUUCAUGUUUACGAUCUUCUCGGCGAUGGGAUGAUUGGUAGGGAUUCGAUGUUUCAAUUGUUGAGAACAUCCUUAAUCAGUUCAGGAAGUGAUGAUGACGCUGAAGAAGCCGUUAAAGAUAUGAUUGAAAUAUUGACUAAGAAAAUGGAUAUCGAUAGAGAUGGAAAAAUAUCUUUUAAUGAUUACAGGCAAACGGUUGUAAAAGAACCAAUGCUAUUAGAGUGUUUGGGGAAAUGUUUACCAGCUAGAAUUUCAGUUUAUACUUUUGUUACUACAUUUACACCUAACACUGGAAAAGUUUAAACUAUAUUUUUUAUUUAUAUUUUUUUUUAAAGAGAAAAUAAAUUUUUUUAUUAAUUUAA